UAUCAUGUGACACAGAGAAUGACGCGUCAAAAUUAAAAAUUACGUCAAGCAACAAAUUCUACAAUGCACGGACGCUAUGAAAAUUUGAAAUUGUUUCGGGUAAAUACAAAAACAUAAAAUGGCGUGCCACACAAAAUGCAUCGCUGAGAAAAUUAAAGAGGAGGAAAUGGCCAUCAAGGGCGCUCAUAUGAUGGGACCAACUGUUGAAUCCAAAUUUGACGAACUGAAAUACGAGAUAAUCAAUAAAAUCGAUAAAGAAGUGACCGAUUCGCAGAAUGCGCGGGAGUUCAUAUCACAGAAGUACGACGAGCUAUGUCUCAAGAUUCAUUACCUGACGGAGCUCGAUGCGACGGUUUCUGGCUUCCGAAGUGACGUGAAAGCUAUUGAGCAACAAAUCACUGAACUGUCUUCGAGAAUGGAUGAUAUCGAGAAGAGAACUAUUUACAAAGAGUGUCCAUCACUGGCCUCGUCUACCGUUGUAUAAGUAAUCGUUUUGGAAAUAUAUUCGUAGCUUGUCAAAGUGA